AUGCUCUCGCUUCUCGUCAAUGUGUUCGCCGUCCAUCCAGGGCGGACCGCGAUCUCGACGCUCGCUGUUCGCGCGCCGCCGCCAGCCGGCCAGCUGAGUGGUGAGGCGGAAUCUACCACGUCAGAGCGCCUGGUCGAAUUGACCGAGGAGUUUCUCGACACCGGCACGGGCUUCUACUCGGGCCUGCGCCCCGAGCUCAUGGCGGAAGAUUUCGUGUUUCGCGGUGGCGUCGUGGGCCCUCUCAGUAAGACGGACUACUGCCGCACGAUGGAGCUGCUCGGCAUUGCAGAUGCGUGGAAGCUCGAGGCCAACGCGUUCGGUUUUGUUGUGGACCCCGCCGAGCCCAUGACAGUUCGCUUCUUCCUGCGCAACACGGGCGAGCACGUGGGCGCGUGGCAGCCGUGGGGCGCGGUGCCGCCUAUCCCCAUCAAGCCGACGCCAGGCAAGACGUCUGUGGUGGCACCGACCGAGACCGGUCGCCUGUGUUUUGAUGCGGAGGGCAAAGUGCGUCACUUUGCGACCGGCUUGGUGGUGGGCAAAUACGAGGCGCAGCAGGGGCGCGGGAUCAACACGAAUGGGCUGGGUGCGGUGCUUGGACUGUUCCAUACAGUCGGACUCGGCGCAGUGGGGAACCUUGCUCUAUCGCAGACCGUGAGAGAUCUGAGCAACGCCGCGGCCGACCGGUUCGAGGCGCUCAAGAUCCCGAAGACGAAGACGAACGACGAGGACGUGCCUGGCUGGUGGCGCGAGUGA